UCGUCCACGCGAGCUACAUACUGUAUAUAGGAAUAGGUGUGUCUGUGUGUGCGUGUGUUUAUAUUAAACCGGGAAUAUUCAUAAUGUGGUGACGUCAUUAUAUAUGAUCACUUGCUAAAUACAUUAACCAACUUCGUCUCUUCAUCUCUACUAGUAACCAAUUAACCAACCAAAACAAACUUUCAAAUCUUCUCCUCUCCUCUCGCUUCAUCUCCCUCCGUUUCCGUCUUGUCUUUCGAAUCUGAACAUCUCUGGAAAUAAUCUAAAACAAAAUGGGUGAGAACGCCAUCUCAGGUAAUCUCAAGAAUCUAAAGAUCGACACAGGACGUUCAGAGACUCUCGUGGUGUGUUUCGGCGAGAUGCUGAUCGAUUUCGUGCCAACGGUGGGAGGUGUUUCACUCGCUGAAGCACCAGCUUUCAAGAAAGCACCAGGAGGUGCACCUGCGAAUGUAGCCGUUGGUGUCUCUAGACUCGGUGGCUCCUCUGCUUUCGUUGGAAAGGUAGGUGAUGAUGAGUUUGGACGAAUGUUAGCUGAUAUUCUAAGGCUGAACAACGUGGAUAACUCCGGGAUGAGAUUCGACCACAAAGCACGCACCGCUCUCGCCUUUGUUACGUUGAGAGGUGACGGAGAGAGGGAGUUUCUGUUCUUCAGACACCCUAGUGCCGACAUGCGUCUCUUGGAGUCUGAGCUUGACAAGAAUCUAAUCCAAAAGGCCAAGAUCUUUCAUUACGGAUCUAUCGGUUUGAUCGAGGAGCCUUGCCGGUCGACUCAGCUCGCAGCUAUGAAAAUCGCUAAAGCCUCGGGGAGUCUCUUGUCGUAUGACCCGAAUUUGAGAUUGCCGUUGUGGCCGUCAGAGGAAGCUGCAAGGAAAGAGAUCAUGAGUAUCUGGAAUUUGGCAGAUGUUAUAAAGAUAAGUGAGGAGGAGAUUACAUUCCUGACUGGUGGAGAUGAUCCUUAUGAUGAUGAAGUUGUGUUGCGAAAGCUCUUUCAUCCAAAUCUUAAGCUUCUUGUUGUUUCAGAAGGACCUAAUGGCUGUAGAUACUACACUCAGGAGUUUAAAGGUAGAGUUGGUGGAGUGAAAGUGAAAGCGGUUGAUACAACCGGUGCAGGAGAUGCAUUCGUGAGCGGUCUAUUGAACAGCUUAGCUUCUGAUCUCACUCUUCUCACUGAUGAGAAGAAGCUAAGAGAGGCGCUUCUAUUCGCAAACGCUUGUGGAGCUAUUACUGCUACAGAGAGAGGAGCCAUUCCAGCUAUGCCCACCAUGGAUGCAGUUCAAGACCUUCUCUCUUCUUCUCGCUCCUAAAAAUGCUCAAAAAGUCUCUUUUUUUUUAAUGACUCAAUUCAUUACCUUUUCACUGUAUCUUAGUUCCUAAUUUGUAGGAACUCAAGAAUGUUGAGUGUGUUUCUAGUUUGUUGAUCUCCUGGUGUUUUGGUUUUAUGUCAAGUUAGAUUCUUCUACAAGGAACAAAAUUUCUGCUCUAUGAAAUGCGUGCCGUUUUUGUGGCGGAGAACGACAA